AUGGGCCCAGGAUUUUCGCUUCUGGGAUUGGUUUUCGGCAUCUUAUCCAUCCUCUACUAUGCAAAUCAGACGCAGAAGAUGACGAACCUCAAGUUCGAUGCAGAGUUCUGGGCCGUUGCCGGGCCCCUGAUCGCUAUCCGACCGCCGAAAAAGCCUACUGACGCUCUAGAACUCCGCGCAAGUGUCAAUGGAGGUCUAUCAGCCAUUCUCAAAGACGCGUUACCAGAGGGGAUUGUCGAGACCAAGCACCAAGUCAAGUCUUUCGAUGGCGAAACGAUUGCGCUAUACGAAUUCGCCCCACAGGUCAACGAGACAGGCAGCAGUCAACCAGCGUUCAUCUAUGUCCACGGAGGAGGUAUUGUAGGCGGAAACAUCGAACCAUACAGCCGUCCCCUCGCCGCAAAGGCCGCAUUAGAGGCUGGUGUGCGCAUGUUCGCCGUCGAGUACCGUCUAGCGCCAGAGUCUCCGUAUCCGGCGCCUGCCGAGGAUUGCUACGCGGCUCUCGCGUGGCUGGGCCAGAACGCAGGAAACCUCAACGUUGACCCGGCACGCAUCGGUCUCUACGCAUUGAGUGCUGGCGGUGGAAUUGCAGCGGGAGCUGCGCUGAUGGCGCGGGACCGGGCUUUAUCGCCGCCACUGGCGAAGCAGAUACUCAUUUACCCCAUGCUCGACGACAGGACCAGGGUCCACGCUGACAACCCGCUAUCAAAUUUCUUAACCUGGACGGACAAUUCAAACCAGAUUGGUUGGAACGCGUAUCUCGGUAAGGGUAAGGCGGGAGCCUCGGAAAUCGCCGUGUAUGCUGCGCCUGCAAGGGCCACCGACGUGGCGAACCUCCCGUCCACGUACAUCGACGUAGGCGGAGUUGAUCUCUUCUGUGCUGAGGCGGUUGCAUUUGCGAGUAAGCUUGCUUCGGCGAAUGUACAGAUGGAGCUGCAUGUCUACCCGGGCCUUCCGCAUAUCUUCGAUUUGUAUGCUCCCAGGAUCAGCCUGACUCAACGCGCAAGAGAGAAUCGCUUGCGAGCAGUAAAGAGCUUAUAG